AUGGAACAAAUCACAUAUGGUGCAACCAGUGGUAUCUUCAAAACUGAAAAAUCUACAAUUCUCAAGUGCCCUUUUCCCGGCUCUGAAGAUGACCUGCACUGCGAGCAACAAGCCUAUGAGCGGUUGCGUCGACAUCCACGGAUAGCCCGCUACUACGGCCGCUUCAACAACGUCGGGUGCGAGCUGGAAUAUUACCGGAACGGCUGCAUCGACAAGGUAAUGAUAACAAUGCAUGGGGAACUGCCGUAUCUCAAAUGGGCAGAACAGAUUGUUGAAGCGCUAUGGCGUGAAGGUAUCUACAGUGACCAACACAGCAAGAUACCGCCCGCCUAG